UCGCACUUAUGUCAGGUUUCAAACGGUUCGAGCGAGCGGUGCGCGCGUAACGUGCGCGACUCACCGGCUUGCGAAUACAAUAUUUGAAAAAUUUUAAAACUUUGGUGUUCCUUUUUUAAUUUUAAAAUGUUGAAGUACACUGUGAAGAAAUAUUGUGCGGAGGGCAGCAAGGUGAACCAACUGUUGAUGGCCAGUUUAAUGGUCCUCCCCGUGUUCACGUACGGCACAGCAGUAGGAUGGAUGUCACCCAUGGGGGCUCGCCUGAUGUCCAAAGAGGACACGCCGGCGAAGGAACCUGUGCAUUCAGAGGUCAUCUCCUGGAUGGCGUCAGUGGCCUACCUCGUGGGCACGCCAGCAGUGUUCCUGUUUGGCUACAUUGUGGACAACUAUGGCAGGAAGAAAGCGUUGAUGUUCACUUCUUUAUCCAUGGUGGUCUGCUGGGGUCUCAAGCUGUAUUCCACGGAGACCUGGGCCCUGAUCACAGCCCGAGCCAUCAUUGGCCUUGGCGUCAGUGGGGCCUACGUCGUCACCCCCCUUUACAUCAAGGAAAUCAGUGAAGAUUCCAUUCGAGGGGUGUUAGGGAGCUUAGUAGUACUAUCACAAAACCUUGGGAACCUCAUGGUGUACUUAUUAGGGGAGUACUUGAGUUACAAUGCGACACUGUGGAUAUGUUUGGCGGUGCCGCUGAUUCAUCUGCUGUUGUUUACGACUAUGCCUGAAACACCUUCGUACUUAUUGAAGUGUGGUAAAGUUGAGGAAGCCCGUGAUGCCCUCGCGUGGCUGAGAUGCAGGGACGCCUCGGAGGCUGCGGUGGACAGCGAGCUGCAGCUUCUAGUUCUUGAACUGGAGCAGAACAAGGAGGGAAGAUUCUUCACCAAUAUCAAAACUUUGAUUUCGGACCGGAGCACCUUCCGAGCCUUCCGCAUCACACUCAUCAUAACCCUAGCUCGAGAGAUGUGCGGGUGCCUCACGGUCCUACACUACGCGUCUCUGAUCUUCACAUCUGCUAGCGAUGACGGAUGGGUUCUUACAGCCAAUCAGCAGGCGGCUUUGCUUGGUGUUGUGCAGCUGAUUGGGUCGUUGACCGCUUCUAGUUUAGUAGAGAGGACUGGAAGAAAGAAACUCCUAGGGAUCACGUGCUUCGUCUCCGGCAUAGCACUGUGCGCGCUGGGCUCCUGGUUCUACGUGUACCACCUGGGGAUCAUCUGCGCCACUUGGGUGCCGGUCGCCGCCCUGUGCCUGUGCAUAUACUGCGACGCGGCAGGGCUACAGCCUGUGCCGUUUGUUAUCAUGACUGAGAUGUUCUCCUUCCAGCUCCGCGGCACAGUGACAUCAAUUGUCAUCUCUUUCGCUUGCGCAUUGGUCUCUGUCCAACUUCGAGUAUUCCAACCAAUAGCAGACGCCGUAGGCCUCUAUCUCAUCUUCUGGCUUUUCGCCGGGAUCUGCCUCGUGAGCACCGUGUACAUCUUCAUGGAAGUACCAGAGACUAAGAUGAGGAGUAUUGAUGAAAUCUAUGCGAAGUUAGGCGGAAAGAAAGAGAUAAAAGACUGCGAGGCUGACGUUACUAGGCUAUAAUCAGGUUUAGAUAGUGUGUACUGAUGUACUUAUUGACAGCCAGAAGGCCGACCACGAAACAUGCAAAGACGUUGCACGUUACGAACGUCCACAUAGUGUAUCUUUUUCGUAUCGUAUCGUGUAAAAAAUAUAUUCCAUGGUAGCGUCCCAGGUUUCUUGAUAUAUUGAAAAGGGUAAAACACGCCUAGUGAAAAUGUGUUAAUGUAUUCAGAUAGGCAUUUUGGAUGUUAAAUUUCCCACCAGAAAAAUUUUCGAUAUGCAAUACAAUCGAUAUUUUUUAAACUUCAUAUUUCCACCCCGAAUUGUAAUCGGUUUCAAAAUACCGUUAGGGUAAAUGAGAUCUGUUUUAAAAUGCUCCAUCCGAAUUCGAGCAUGUAACGUCACUCAUUUUAAGUAAUUAAUUUAAUUAAAUAAUUGCUUUUAAAGAAUGAGAAAAAAUAAAUACCAAUUAUGAUUUACUCAUCGAAUUAAACCUAUAUUUUAUUUACCUACUAGGUACUUACGAAAAUUCAGUUGUAGUGAUUGUUCGAAUAAAUAUAUUUUGUUAAGUAAACAUGUACUUAGAAAAACAAUGAAACACCUUGGUUAUUCGAACUUACAUUUAUAAUGUUUUAAAUACUCAAAAUAAAAGUGCGUAUCUAUUUUUAUUGUCUUUGGUAAAAGAUUUGAAUAAUGCUGUAUUUUUCUUGAUUGUACUUUAGCUAUAUGGAUAAUCUGCUAAUUUGAGAAUCUCAUAUUAUGCGAAUAAAGGGAGUAAUUGAUUGAACAGGUUGUGUAAUAAUGCUUGGUCUCAUUGUAUCCAUCGGAGCCACGACAUAUGCUUAGAAUGGUAUUCCACCAGAGAUGGCCAAAAAGAAGUGAUACCUACUUCCUAGUAAAAUGUACUUUAAUGUAGUAAGUCUACAUACAUUUAAUACUAAAUUGUAUACUUCUAAUUUCAAUGUUCUGCGGUACCUGCAAAGGGUGCCCGGUAGGAUGUUUCUGGCACAAUCACGAGUGAGUUUGCAACAAAAAUUGUAUGAGUGUUGGAUAGGGCUGACUGGCCAAUCACAUCAGGCAGUUAGGUGGUGAAACAGGCCCCAACAAAUUUAUAUAUAGUAUAUAUAUAUAUAUUGGGAUUCCUUUUUUUCAUAUAAUUUUUUUUCCUAAUUUAGCAUAACGAGUUAGGCAUAUAUUUUUUUGACAUAAUAAUGUAUUUUACCAUAAUUUUGAUUUGCAUAAAGCUAUAGUGUAGCAGUAGGUUAGGGUGCGGCGGGAUUGGCCCUUGGGCCUACUAACUAUUAUUAUGAUAAGUAAAAGUAUGCCAUGUUAAAUUAUGACAAAAUUGUAUGCAUAAAAAUAGGGAACCAUAUAUAUUAGUAAUAUAUAAUGCUAUAUAAUAUUACAUUGACAAAUUUCUAAAUGGAUGGCCAGAACUCGCUAUGGAGAGAGAUGAGUGGAAAAAUAAGUUUUUGCCUUUGCCCAGACACAACACCUACAGGCUUGAUAAAAUAAAUAUAUAUAUUACAUGUAUUUAAAAAAGCGGCCAGUGUUUCGGCGCCAAUAAUCGAUACUUCCAUACUAAUAUUAUAAAUGCAAAAGUCUGUCUGUUCCGCUCCCACGACUAAACUGCUGAACCGAUUUUGAUGAAAUUUGGUAUGAAUGUAGAUGAAGACCACCGUUCAAACAUAGACCAAUUUUUCCAAGAAUCGCCUCCAAAUGCCUAAUAGCGAGGGGAGAAAGUUUGUAUGAAAAUUAUGACUGUCUCGCGUUCGCAGAGAAACUCACGCCGGCGAAGCCGCGGGCAAAAGUUAGUUAAGUAGGUAUAUAAUGUAGUGCCAUGUUAGCUGCGCCUGCGCUUGUAUAUAACAGUAGUUAGUAAGUAUAUACAAUUGUACGAAUGCGAGAAUGUGAUUUGUCAUAUUAAAUAUUUUUGUAAGUA